GGUGCUAUACCAAAUGCAAAUAUUAUUAUUAUUCAAUUAUAUUGAACGUGGGUGAACCUCUGGAUAUACUGAAUCCUAAAGUUGGGAAGAGAAAGAAAUUUAUUUUGUGCUCACUUCUCGAGUUGGUAUAACUCUUUAAUGUAAGUUUAUUUCUUGGAACAAGUUAUUUGUGAAUUCUAAGAAUGUCACAAAACCCAUUCUUUCAACGUCAGUCUGUGUUGACAAGUACUGUUAGCUGUGUGUACACUUCCCUAUUCUGCAGCCUUGUAAAUACAAGUGUCCAGAGGCUAUUGUUUCUCACUCCCAAAUUUAUUUUAAUUUAUUCCUGGUUCUCUUGUUUUCUCCUUGAAAGCUUGGUUAGGAUUGCACAGGCUCUCCUGAGAGAGGAGAAUCUUACGGCGCCUGAGUGAAUCCUUUAUUUAAAAACACAAUGAGUAAGAUCCGGUGGUUGGGAUGGAAACUCCAGUAAUCCGAUCAAGAGUUUACGAACUUUAUUUUUGUAAAAAAAAGUGUGGAGAGGCAGCAGACAUGUCUGCAGUGACCACACAGCCUACCCCCUUUGGGGUAUUAAAGAGAGAAAAACACAUUGAAAGUGUUUGGGGAGAAUUUAAGGGUAGGAGAGGUGUAGAACCUGGUGAGCCAUUGAAUACUAUCCAGCUUUCUGCAACUGGAGGGACUGUGACUGAGCCCAUUGGGAUGUGCUUGGGAAGAUCGAAAGAAGUUCUGGAGGAGAUGGAAUCAGACGGAGAUUCAGAGUUGAAAGAACAGAGUUCCAGGGCCCAUCUGAAGGAGCUCGGGGGAAGACAAUGGGCCGAAGCCUCAUAUCGACCUCUUCCCCUCUCAACACACCCAGAGGCAGGCCAGCAAUUACAUGGACUGAGACCUCUCCAGCAGCUCCACCAGCUGUGCAUCACUGCAAAGGCUGAGCUCCAAGGACCAACUUGUGAUCCUGCCAGAUGCUACACCAUCACAAACCAGACAGGACGACAAUUGUACGUGGCUUCUGAAGAUACCAGCUGCCUGUGCUUGAACCUGUGUGGUCCCGCUCGUUCCUGUUGUAUUAAAAUCUAUAACCACCAAUCAGAGGAAGUGCUACACUUCAUCAGACCCUUCAGAGUUGAUGCUUGUUGCUUUGGGUGCUGUCUAAUGGAGAUGAGUGUGUUCAACUCCAGGAAGGAAUUAAUUGGCUCAGUGAAACAAAGGUGGAGCAUGUUCACACCCCUCCUUGAGGUUUGUGACCCAGAAGGAUGUGGCAUUAUGAAAAUUCAUGGCUGUUGUCCCUGCAGAUGUUCCGCAGAUCAGGAAUUCCAGGUUACGUCCAGGAUUGGCAAUAGGUUGGGGCUGAUCUGGAAACGAUGGCGAGGUUUCAAUGCGGAAUUUAACAUGGAUCACGAUCACUUUGGUGUGGACUUUCCAGCCAACAUGAACCCUAAUGCAAAGGUGCUGUUACUGAGUGCAGCCUUUUUACUGAACUACAUGUUCUUCGAAAUGAGCUGAAUCUUAAGAUAUUUCUUCCAAUGACCUCAAUGAUUCAGCAGCUUGACACUAACCAUUAAAUGAUGAAAAUUGAUAAAUUAGGAAUUUUAUAUUGGUAUCAAUGUAUCUUCAGUGUGGAAUUUUAAAAACUAAAACAGUAUAAAUAGCUCCUGUUUGUGGAAUGUUUGAUAGAAGCUGCUUUAAUCAUGUUGUAGUAUGUUGUAGUAAAUAUGACAUUUGCCAGAUAAUUCUGGACAGACUUGAGUUAGAAAUGAUAGAACAUGUUUUACUCAACUUGCUGAGUUAAUGUUGUAAGCACAUGGUUCUUGCCUCAUAAUAGGAAAUAAGUUAUCCCAGAUACAAAUUGUGUGGUACAGUGUACUAAGUUGAUCACAGCUGGUACUGCGUGCCUGUGAUCCUGAAAGCUGACUUCAUUCCUGUUUGUGAUAAUUAUACUGGCAUCUUCAUUAUCUUUGUAUGGACAAGCAUAGUUAAUAAAGUUAUUUGUUAAAGUGGCCA